AUUCGCCUGGACUGGGGACCCUCCCCUCCCUCUUGCUCCCUCUCCCACCCCCGGGAGGCGGGGGUGUCAGAGUUGGAAGCCCUGCAUGGCUCCUCCUGCAGUUGAGACUACGCAGAUUAGGGGCAAAUUGGGCUGAAAGGCAGCGUUUUGCUUUCUUCCGCGGCGGCUUCCCCUUCCUCUUUCCCAAGGAGAUAUGUAAACACAUGUCGUUUUCUCUUUCAAUUGAGCGCAAUGGUCCCCUGCCUGAGCCUUGAUCUAGCCAGUGGGCUUGAGCCCUGCUCCUCCAUCCCUGCUCCAUAGGAGCUCUGGGGUCUGGGGCUGUUGCUUCCAUAUUGGAGCUGGCCUCCGGCCAGGUGACCUUUUCUUUGCAUCUGCUGCAGAGGACCCGGCCGGUGGCCUUCACCAUGUGGGCCAGCAAACUCCUGCCAGCCCUGCUGUUCCAGCACAUCCUCCUGCACCUCCUGCUGCUCCCCAUCGCCGUCCCCUCCGCAGAAGGACAGAAGAAAAGAAGAAAUACCCUUCAUGAAUUCAAAAAGUCAGCCAAGACUACGCUCAUCAAAGAAGACCCGUUACUGAAGAGUAAGAGCAAGAAGAUGAGCAGCGCAGACCAGUGCGCCAGCCGCUGCACCAGGAACAAGGGGCUCCCGUUCACCUGCAAGGCCUUUGUUUUUGAUAAAGCAAGAAAAAGAUGCCUGUGGCUCCCUUUCAACAGCAUGUCAAGUGGGGUGAAGAAGGAGUUCGGCCACGAGUUCGACCUGUACGAGAAAAAAGACUAUAUCCGCAACUGCAUCAUUGGAAAAGGGGGCAGCUACAAGGGCACGGUCUCGGUCACCAAGAGCGGGAUCAAGUGCCAGCCCUGGAGCUCCAUGAUCCCCCAUGAGCACAGCUUUUUGCCUUCGAGCUAUCGGGGUAAAGACCUACAGGAAAACUACUGUCGAAACCCUCGAGGGGAAGAAGGGGGACCGUGGUGUUUCACGAGCAAUCCCGAGGUACGCCACGAAGUCUGUGACAUUCCUCAGUGUUCAGAAGUGGAGUGCGUGACCUGCAAUGGAGAAACCUAUCGAGGGCCCAUGGAUCACACAGAAUCAGGCAAGAUCUGUCAGCGCUGGGACCAGCAGACGCCUCACCGGCACAAAUUCCUGCCCGAAAGAUACCCCGACAAAGGCUUUGAUGAUAAUUACUGCCGCAACCCCGAUGGCAAGCUGAGGCCGUGGUGCUUUACUCUUGACCCUGACACCCCUUGGGAGUACUGUGCAAUUAAAAUGUGCGCUCACAGUCUGAUGAAUGACACUGAUGUCCCCGUGGAAACAACUGAAUGUCUUCAAGGUCAGGGAGAAGGAUACAGGGGGACCGUCAACACCAUUUGGAAUGGAGUUCUGUGCCAGCGCUGGGAUUCCCAGUAUCCCCACCAGCACGACAUAACUCCUGAGAAUUUUAAGUGCAAGGACCUGCGGGAGAAUUACUGCCGAAACCCAGACGGCGCUGAGUCGCCCUGGUGCUUCACCACCGACCCGAACAUCCGAGUUGGCUACUGCUCCCAGAUCCCCAAGUGCGACGUGUCAGGUGGACAAGAUUGUUAUCGUGGGAAUGGAAAAAAUUAUAUGGGUAGUUUAUCCAAAACAAGAUCUGGGCUAACGUGUUCCAUGUGGGACAAGAACAUGGAAGACUUGCACCGUCACAUCUUCUGGGAGCCGGAUGCCAGUAAGCUGAACAAGAAUUACUGCCGGAAUCCAGACGACGAUGCCCACGGACCCUGGUGUUACACGGGGAACCCUCUCAUCCCCUGGGAUUACUGCCCCAUUUCCCACUGUGAAGGGGAUACCACGCCUACAAUCAAUUUAGACCAUCCUGUAAUAUCUUGUGCCAAAACAAAGCAACUACGAGUAGUUAAUGGGAUUCCAACACGAACAAACGUAGGAUGGAUGGUUAGUCUGAAGUACAGAAAUAAACAUAUCUGCGGAGGAUCGUUGAUUAAGGAAAGUUGGAUCCUUACUGCAAGACAAUGUUUUCCUGCUAGAAACAAAGACCUGAAAGAUUAUGAAGCUUGGCUUGGAAUCCACGAUGUCCACGGUCGAGGCGAGGAGAAGCGCAGACAGGUUCGCAAUGUGUCCCAGCUGGUGUACGGGCCCGAAGGCUCGGAUCUGGUGUUACUGAAGCUCGCCAGACCUGCUGUCCUGGAUGACUUUGUCAGCACCAUCGAUCUGCCUAAUUACGGGUGCACAAUUCCUGAGAAGACCACCUGCAGUGUUUACGGCUGGGGCUACACCGGAUUGAUCAACGCGGAUGGCCUGCUGCGCGUGGCGCACCUCUACAUCAUGGGCAACGAGAGGUGCGCCCAGCAUCACCAAGGCAAGGUGACACUGAGCGAGUCUGAGAUAUGCGCCGGGGCCGAGAAGAUCCGCUCGGGGCCAUGCGAGGGGGACUAUGGUGGCCCACUCGUCUGUGAGCAGCACAAAAUGCAGAUGGUCCUCGGUGUCAUCGUGCCAGGUCGCGGGUGCGCCAUCCCCAACCGCCCUGGCAUCUUUGUCCGAGUAGCCUAUUACGCAAAGUGGAUACACAAGAUAAUUCUAACGUAUAAGGUACCACAGUCAUAAGUGAAGCGCAUGCGUCCAAAGCAUCCAUCGGUCCACGACAGUUUCACAAGAAGAUUUCAGAGACCGUGGAGUGGAACUGUCACCUAAAACAACUACUUGAGUGUCGUGUUUGUUAAGAUACUCAUUAAUAUAUAUGGGUGUUUUCUGUCGUUUUGUUUGUCAGUGUUAUUUUGUAAAUGUUGAAGUGAAUUAAGGUACAUGCAAUUGCAGUAACAUAACUCCUGAAGAUACUUGAAUGGAUUUAAAAAGGCGAAAGGUAUAAUUGCUGGGUUAUAAAGGAUUUAAUGGAACAGAUCAGUUACUCUCUCCACGCUGCUUUCCAAGGUUAGUUCCUUAAUGAUGAAUAAACCAUACGUUAAGCAUUAUUUUAAUCUCACUCAAUUUAUACCUUGUGAUCUUAAAUUGUAACUCUAUAUUAAAUUCUAAUACCUAUGCCAUUUGUGAUAGCUCAUUCAAUUCUCCUCACUGUGUACCCCGAAACAGUGGUAUGCAAACUUACUGUUGCAAAAUCCCAUACCUGUUACAUGUACCUGGGUACACUUGUGCUAUGCACUACAGUUCAAAUCACGGUGUGUCUAGUGUAAUCUCUAAAUAUUUUAAAGGUGUGGAUCUGUUAUUUUUCUUCAAAAACAAAUGAGAAAUUUCUAAAGAUCAGUAGAGACGUGAAGGGAAGAUACAAAAGAGAAGUGACUAACUUCUAUACAUAAUCUAUAGAUGACCUCUACUGGAGGGUUUGUAAACUGAGGUUAGGACCUGCAGAGUUACAUGUUGCCUAAUCUGGGUGUUUACAUAUUUAUUAUCCUGUUAUUUCUCAGACUUCCUAAUUCUUAAAGGGAAGAAAAUAAUACAUAUAUUUAUAUUAUUUCUUUCCUCCAACUUAGGGUCAUAUAUUUAUGCAAGGUAUCCGUAGAUCUAAUGUUCCAAAAUAUUUAACUUGUCCAAUUGUACCUAACUUGAAGAAAUGUACAAGUGUCUUGGUCAUUAAAAAGGGAUUAAACUAGCUUAAUUCCAAGACUUUCUCCUGUGACUGGAUUCUGGAUUCACACACCUUAGAUUCAAAAUAUAUAAUAUAUAAUUAAGAGAAAAUUUAACGUUUGCCCCAAAAUUUUGUUAAUAGUCUUUCACCAAAUUAUGCAUUAAACUAAAUAUCAGAGCAAAGAAUAAAAAGGGUUUUCUCAACCUUGAAAUAUUUUAGUAUAACACUUAGAGUACUUUAGAAUAAUACUUUAUUCAAGUAAAGGACAAAUUGUAAGUGGGAGGAACUAUUUUGUCUGUCUGUGUUCCAUUUUUUAAUGUGGAGUUCAAUCUGCUGAAUUGGAUAUUUUGCCAAGAUACAUUCAUUUUAUCUUAUUUAAUACAGGUUUUUCCUAAUGCCAUGGGAAAUAUCCACAUAAGUUUUGUGUUCUGCAUGAUAAUAGCCAGAUUGGUACAUUUAUUAUUCUGCUUGGCAUGACUAGCUAAUAAUCAUGUAAUUGUCAAGAACUGCAGUUAAAAAGCAUCAAUAGAAUAGGCUCUGAAUUUUCACAAAAUCUUCCUGUAUAGACCAGGAAUAAUUUGGCUUGAAUCUACUUUCCCAUUUCUCUGUCUUGGUACCCCUAACUCAUCUGUCUUAGGGCCAUGAUUCCAAAUGAUACCCUAAGAUUUCUCCAGUGAACUGCUCAACCUGGAGUACGUGAAUUCUAAAUUUAUGGGAGAGGUUAGUCCACAGAGGACAGGACAGUGAAUACAGAAAUGCUUUAUGGAAACUGUGCCAAUAUUUUAGAAUUUUUUUUUAAUAAAAUGGAUCCUGGCAUCGGGAAACAAAGAGAGUUCUAAGGUGUUACCAGUCCACAUAAACCUCUUUUAAUGACACCUCUCUUUCCCUUCUAUAACGCACCAUCCUAAUGAAAGCACAGACAUGUCAAAGGUACAUUGCCAAAAUAUUAAAGUGCUUUGCAUAGUUUCUUCCUGCUGAAAUUGCCAAAUUUUAUUAAGCAACAUAAUUAUCCUAUCAGUAUUGUGACCAUGGCCAUAGUUUAAAAUACAUUUGGGGGCUGGGGAUUUAGCUCAGCAGCUCAAGCGCUUGCUUGGUAAACAUGAGGUUGUGAGUUCAAUCCUUGGUACCCCAAAACAAACAUGAAAUACUCACAUUUUAAAUUUUUCUUUCAUGUCAUUGUCUGUAGAUUUCCAUGAAAAUAGAUAAAGGUUAAUCUAAAUGUAAGAUGUAGCUAAUCUUUAGAUAUUUUGAACUUCGCGUUCGCUGUUUUAUAAAAGGAUAAAAAUAGCAUGAAUGAAUCACCAAACAGGGAACUCACGUGUGCGGUCUCCCUGGUAGAUUUAGGUUUUCGUACAGUGCCCUGAGUAUAACUGGCCAUCUACCAUAUCCUUGUUAGGUCAGCUGGCAGGACAGGGCAUGAUCCCAUUAUUCCCGGUGAAAGAUUCUAUUUAUCGGGUCUUUUUCUCCGGAUCAACUUCAAAAUAAUGAACAAAUCCAGUGUAUCCAGAAAUCUGUUUUAUUAAUAUCCUGGAGGAAGGGCCUUUUAAGUUAAAAGUUUCUAAUGGUCUGUUUGUUUUGGCUGUUCGAAUAACGCUUUUAUGCUGUUCUAAUUGUAGACAUUUUCCUACGUCUACCAGAAAUAGAAAUGUAACAUUAAAAUAUUUGUCAUAACGCCUCUGCUGUGCGGAAGCAAUGAUCAUCCUUUUGUAUGCUUCUUUAAUUUUAUUGUAAAAUAUAUGAUGACUUUUACCUGUUUGCUGUGGGCAGGUCCUCAGUGAAAUGGUUUCUAUGGAGUCGAUCUCUGAUAUUAACAGGCUCUUGCUUGCAGUCCAAGUGUUUCCAACAACCAACGGGGAAUGUGGGACACUGGGCGCGAGCAGCUAAAGAUCAUGGCAUGUGAGAGUAAAGCUGUAUCUCACUUAUUCCUGUGAAUAUUUCUUGUUGGUACCAAUGGUACUGCCCAAAGUGAAUGUUCUAGCCACAACAUUCUCUGGGAAAAGACACUGUCUGUCACAAAGUGAGAGAUGGCUGCCAGGCCUUGUCAUGUGGUUUUUAAACUUUAAAAAAAAAAUGCUAGUUUCACAAUAUAAAGAUCAUGAGGUAAAGAGUUAAUCAAUUCUAUACUAAAAAACCUUAUUAUAUUGACUUACUGAAGUUCAAAGAAAUAACUAAUUUCCAUUACUAUGUAUCAUGUUAAUAGAAAAAACUCACUGGAAGAAUUAAAUUGAAUAAGAUGACACAUUUGUCUUUUCAAAAAUUAAUACUUCCAGUAAAUUACUUUUCAUGAUUAAGUCCAAAAAAAAGUUUUGUCACAAUAUUCAACUAAUACAUAAAAGGCUAAAAAUGUCUAGAACUUAUAACUCUUUGCAGUGUAAUUUUUAAGUAGGCUCAUUUCCAUUUGCACAGAAAGUUUCUGUCUUUAGGAAACUGAAAAUAGAAUACUGUGGAUACUAUGACUGUCAUAUGUGUAAAUAGGAAAUCAAUAAGCUGCCUAUGAGUGGUGUCGCUGGAUGCUUACCCGAAAAGGCGGGCACCGUGGUUAUGACUUGUACUAUAAAGUUUCUGUAGUUAAUAAAGUUGUUAUUUUUAUAACCAUGAUGAUAUUAUUCUUAAUAAUAAUAAAAUAUUUUAUCAAAAUGC